AUGUCCAUGUCCGCCGAGGGAAAGAUGCAGCUUGAUCGAGAACGACACGUAAAGUACUGGAAGCGGUGCUCCCAACUUUUACCGGAGCCCUACACGUCGGGCGAAGCCAGCCGCAUGAGCUUUGGUUUCUUCAUAGUAGCCGCACUGGAUCUACUAGGGGCUCUGGAGACGGUGAUCACGCCCGCCGAGAGGCAAAGCUGGAUCGAGUGGAUUUAUACCUGUCAAGUCCCCCAUACGGGCGGGUUUCGCGGCUUCACAGGCACUAUACUAGGCGGCAUGAGGAACCCUCAGAACUGGCAUUGGGACCCGGCCAACCUUCCGAACACCUAUUUCGCGCUGGCUACUUUGGUCAUUCUGGGAGAUGAUCUAGGGAGGGUGAAGAGAAGAGAAUGCCUGGCUUGGGUCAGGCGUCUCCAGCGACCAAACGGGAGUUUCGGGGAGUUCCUGGGGGAAGACAAUGUCGUCGAAGGCGCGGAUGAUCUGAGACUGUGUCUCUGUGCGGUAGGGACGAUGAAGAUCCUGCAAGGGAAUGAGCAGAGCAUCGAGAUCGACGCGUUCAGAUUACGGCAAUUCAUUACAAAUUGCCAGAGCCAUGAGGGUGGUUUUGGACAAGCACCUCUCCUUGAAGCACAUUCUGGCCUGAACUAUUGCGCAAUCGCGGCUCUUUCAUUCCUAGGCCUCCUCCGCAACCCGCCAGAGUCAAUACAACAAGUUGCCAGUCAGGCGAAGCUGGAUGUCACAGGUUGCGUUCGGUGGAUGCUGGACCGACAAACAACUUGGAUUGACGGCGAGGACGAGGACGAGGACGAGGACAGCGAGGACGAUGACGAAAGGGGAGACGAGGACGAGAGGAAAGAGAAGGAUUUUAAACAUGAUGAAGAUGAACCUCAAAAGCAACCAUUAAACCUAUCGUCGCUGAGGGACGGCUUGAUGGCACAGGAACCCGCCGCUGGCGCUGGCUUUUGCGGCAGAUGUGGGAAAAUGGCCGACACUUGUUAUUGUUUCUGGAACGUGGGAGCCCUCGCAAUUCUUCAACAACAUCAAUUGGUUGACAUUGAGGCACUGAGAAGGUAUCUUCUGCAACAUGUGGCGCAUCUCAUAGGAGGCUUUGGGAAAGCGCCAGGCGAGCUCCCUGAUGUUCUUCACUCGUAUCUCGGCCUUGCCACCCUGGCAAUAUACAAUGAGCCUGGACUGAAGGAGUUCGACCCGACGUUUUGCUUCAGUAAAGAAGCUGUCGAGAAGAUGAAGAAGGCAAGCUGGCGGCUGAACUGA